UUGAUUAUCGCCUCGGUUUUGGUGAAGUAUCCCCCCCUGGAGCCCAGUGGACCCGGCUGUCGUUGUGUUAACGGCCGUUAGUCGUCGGUUAACCGCCGUGAGCUCCGCGGGGAGGAGCUGUUUCUCACCGGGGGGCUGACGGCGCACAGCUCGGAAAGUUAAGGUGGUGCUCAGAGUCAAUGAGGCUGUUCCCACGUACACCGAUGGGCCACAGGCGACGGACAAACUAAAGCGCUACUUUAAUACGUCAAUCUAAAGUAUUCUCGGGUUAUUUUAGGGAGGUUUUUUUUUUCUACAGAGAAGGAGGCAGCGAGCAGCAACUACGCCCCGGGGCUGAAAUUACGGACUCACCAUGUCUGAUGGGGAGUAUGAUUACCUCAUCAAGUUCCUAGCGCUGGGUGACUCUGGUGUGGGAAAGACCAGCUACCUGUACCAAUACACAGAUGGCAAGUUCAACAACAAGUUCAUCACUACAGUGGGAAUAGACUUCAGAGAACGGAGAGUGAUCUACAAUUCAACAGGUCCAGAUGGAACAACAGGCAGACAACAGAAGAUCCACCUGCAGCUGUGGGACACAGCAGGACAGGAGAGGUUCCGAAGUUUGACGACGGCUUUUUUCCGGGAUGCGAUGGGUUUCCUGCUCCUGUUUGAUCUCACGAAUGAACAAAGUUUCCUGAACGUCAGAAACUGGAUGAGUCAGCUACAGAUUCAUGCAUACUGUGAAAAUCCAGAUGUGGUUCUGUGUGGCAACAAAUGUGACCUGAGUGACCAGAGAGCCGUGACCCAAGGCCAGGCCCGGGAACUGGCUGAGAAAUACGGAAUCCCAUACUUUGAGACCAGUGCUGCAAGCGGGCAGAACGUCAGCGAGGCCAUCGACGUUCUGCUGGAUCUGAUCAUGAAGAGGAUGGAAAGGUGCGUCGACAAGUCCUGGAUCCCGGACGGGACCGUGCGGCCCAACGGACCCGCCAACCCGGAUCUCUCUGAGGGGUCCGAUAGAGGCAAAUGUGCAUGUUAGAAGGAUUAUUUUUUGUUGUUGUUGUUGUUGCACAUCUUUGUUUCAUUAUAAAUCAGGUGGCGGAGAAAAGGAAGAUUUCCAAGUAAAACAAAGUGGGAGUUUUAUUACCUUGUCGAGUAAAACUUUAACACCAACAUUAUCCAUCCGCUUUUCCCCACAAUCCAGAGUGUUACAUGUUCACGGUCACUGACGUGCUGAGUCAGCAGUAGUCAGUGUACCUUUUUCUCAAUACAUCAAUCUUAUUAUUGAGUGUGGGGUAUUUAUUUUCCUUUAUAAAUCCUAAUGUACAUCUCCAGUUUCCAUGUUAAGUUAAAGUUAGAAAUGGAUCCUAGAUUCAGAUAUUUAAAGAACACUGAGCCUGUAUGUUACUUGUGCUGAUAUUAUUGUCAGGACUCCUCAACUGCUGUACAGAGAAAAAAAAUGCAAUGAAUGUACUUCAGGUCACCGAUUAUGUGUCAGUGAUGCCUCACUGAGCGCCUUGUUGAUCACUGCAGUCUCACUAGUGCCACCGCCAGAGAACAUGUACCUCUUAUUGUCUUCCAGCGUUUGCUUGGUGGACAGUUUACAUGAUUAUUUAGUCUGUACUUUUAUUGAAGUGCAGGUUUUGCCAACAGUUAGUAAAACGACUUUGCAAUAUGUAGAUAAGAUAAGCAAGUUAUUUAAUAAAACUAUAGGAAACCGGAAUUCAAGAAAUAUUUUUGCCAACAUUUUUUUUUUCUGCGUAAAAUUCUGGCUUAUAGGCUCUUUAUUUGAUUUAAUUCAAUUCUGUACUUAAAUUUGUGACAAAUUAUGUUGAAAUAUAAUAUGAAACGUUGAAAUUCAAUUGAGCAGUAAAACAUAAGUAUUGUACCCAGGAUUAAGUUUGGAGAUCAGUGGUCCUCAGAAAACACUGGGUUUUUUUAAGCCCGUACCACAAACUAUUUCUACAUAAUCUCAUUUUGCCUUUAUUUUGAAAGUCUGUUUGGAUUCAUCAGCUGAAGAUUUGAAAUCCAACAUUUUUGGUCUACGUAAAUUCAUUUGGGCAUUUAAUCUGAAAUAAAUUCAAUAUUUAGUUUGAGAUUAAACUUGUGUCUGGGUGAUAAUUAUAGCCUUUAAGCAAAAAACAAUAUAUUUAAUUAAUGUCCCCUGUUAUUUCACAGUAUAUUACAAAAGUAUGUUGUCCAUUGGCGCUUUAAAACAAAAAUGGAGAACUGAGGACAUAAAAAUGCUUAAAAAGUAAAUUAAAGACACUUAAAUGGUUGUUAUAGGAUAUAAAUAAGGGGUUAGGUGUGGCUGUUUUUCUUGGUGGUGAUGUGAUGCAUUUCUGAAAUUUGUUAUUAUUCUAGAUAGUCCUGGUAGAGUGCAUCUGCCAUGUACCAAAUCAGAGUUUUUCUUAAUAAAAUCUAUUUUGUCACUGUAAGAAGUCUGUAUUUUCUGGGUUGUUUAUUGAAACCCGAUAAGCUGAGCUUGUUCUGUUGGCAUGUUUUAUAAAUGAGCCCGUCAUGCAUGAUUUCUAAAGACCUUCUGCUUGUUGAGCUUCUGUUAUUCUAUAAAUCUCAUAAAACACUGGAAUGAUGUCUUUUAUAGUUUCCCCACACACUUUACAUUUUUUACACUUUAUUUAGUAUGUCUAAAGGUGUUUUAGACUAUCAUAUAAUCUUUCUGUGCACAGAUUUAAAUAUUUGAAUGUUUUUCCUCCAUUCGUGGGUUUGAUCUUAUUAGGAUAUAUUAUGCUGUCACAUGUGCCAUGCUUUCAUAUUAAAAUGUGUAUAUUAAGACUGAAAUAAACGUUUGUAUUUAUGUAAAA